AUGAGUGCUACUUUAAUCUCCACACAAUCGACUGCCAAGAGCAUAGCCAGAGACAUGGAUAUAUCAAACCAACAAGUCAACAAUGGCGCUUUACCAGUUGAGUUGCAACCGCUUCAUACUCAAGACUCACGUCGCUCUGUGUCUGCUGCCCCUAUAGAGACACAAGCCUUGGAGCCAGCACUACCUUCAACAGAAAAAGUACCUUUUGAAGUUUCACCGAAGCUGGAAAGUGAUUCAGCUGUGACAGUUGACGAUGAUUUCCAGACCGACUCCCCCAAUACCGAAAGGCAAGAGACGCUCGCCAGCUCAAUCGGCACAGACAGCACCAUCUUGAAGCAGCCAGAAAUUGCAUCCAAGGAACCGCUGGGAGAUGCAAGUCAUAAUGGCAGCACUUCACCAGAAACUUCUCCCGAUGCUACAACGGAAGAGGACGACGAGGAGCCUAAUGUUGUACACUUGACAGGUGUCAAGCUAUAUACUCUUACAUUUGGAUUAACGCUCGCCGGCAUGUUGAUGAUGCUUAACGCAUCAAUAGUUGCAACAGCAAUUCCAGAGAUCUCAAUGCACUUCCAAUCGAUUUCUGAUAUUGGCUGGUAUGGCAGUGUAUACCUACUCACCAAUUGUUCAGUACAACCUUUAAGUGGCAAGCUCUACACUGUGUUUUCUCUCAAGUGGACUUUCCUCUCCUUUCUUGCGGUCUUCGAAUUGGGAGCUUUGAUAUCAGCAGCUUCGGUCUCGUCGGAGAUGUUUAUAAUUGGAAGAGCAGUGGGUGGUAUUGGUGGCGCGGGGUUGAUGAAUGGGGCCCUCACCAUCAUAGCCUCUGCAGCACCAGUAGUGAAACGUCCACUCCUUGUUGGCACAAUCAUGUCAGUAGGUGUUAUUGGACAGGCAGUCGGACCCUUGAUCGGUGGAGCAUUUACACAAUAUGCAACUUGGAGGUGGUGCUUCUACAUCAACUUACCUGCCGGAGCCAUCACCGGUCUUGUCCUAUUCUUCAUCGACAUACCCGAUGAGCGGGAGAAAUACAAAGUUCACAAGACUUUGAAAGAGCUAUUCUUUGCCUUGGAUAUCAUAGGCUUCUCUCUCUUUGCACCGGCAUGCAUCAUGUUCCUCAUGGCUCUCCAAUGGGGAGGUAUUGAGCAUCCAUGGAUCUCUGCCACCAUUCUUGGCCUCUUCAUCGGGUCAAUCGCAACUGCAAUUGUGUUUGCAUUGUGGGAGCAACGAAUAGGAAAAGACGCUAUGAUCCCGAUGUCAAUGCUGAAGCAGCGAAUCAUAUAUAGUAGUUGCUUGACAGCACUUCUACAGAUGGGUUCCCUCCUGCUGGUCACUUACUAUUUGCCAAUCUGGUUCCAAUCUGUCAAGCAAGUCGGCCCAACUAUGAGUGGAAUCAUGAUCCUGCCCACCUUUCUUUCGCAGAUUCCGGCGGCGGGGAUAUCUAGUAUCCUAGUCACAAGGCUAGGAUACUACUUACCGUGGGCUAUGGUCGGAUCAGCUAUCACGGCAAUAGGCUCAGGCCUCAUGGGAAACUUCAAGCCUGGUACAUCCGAAGCAGAAUGGAUAUGCUAUCAGAUACUCGGCGGUGCAGGUCGCGGAAUGGUCCUUCAAAUACCCGUGAUAGCAACACAGGCUAUCCUGAAACCAUCCGAGAUCGCAGUGGGCUCGGCACUGGUAGUCCUCUUCCAGCUUUUCGGCGGUGCCAUCUUCAUUUCCUGCGGUCAGACAAUCUUCACCAAUCGCCUCAUGGGCGCACUUCAGAGGUUUGCACCAGAAGUUAAUGCAGCGCUUGUGGUGAAGUGGGGAGCCACGCAAUUGAAGAAAGCUGUGCCACCGGAGUCUCUAGAUCAUGUCUUAGAAGCUUACAACUAUGCCCUCAUUGGCACUUUUUAUCUCGGCGCUGCUGGUGCGUUCGUGGCGUUCUUUACCAGCACUGGGAUGGGCUGGAAGAGUCUCAAGAAGACAAAUGUGGUGAACCCACAAGCAUGA